GAUGGACGCAACUCUGAAAGAGCUGACCAGCUUAGUGAAAGAAGUCUACCCAGAAGCACGGAAGAAGGGCACUCACUUCAAUUUUGCAAUUGUUUUUACAGACCUCAAGAGGCCUGGAUAUAGGGUGAAGGAGAUCGGCAGUACCAUGUCGGGCAGGAAGGGCACAGAUGAUUCCAUGACAUUGCAGUCUCAGAAAUUCCAGAUAGGAGACUACUUGGAUAUAGCAAUUACUCCUCCGAAUCGUGCACCACCCCCCUCAAGCCGCAUGAGACCGUACUAAACUGUUGCUUCUUUGUAUGAUUACAUCUUCUGUUUAUUCCUACUUGCUGUUCUAAAGCAGGCUUAUUUUUUUUGCUUUUGUUGCUAAGCAAGAACACCUGAAGACAAAGCUAAGCAUCAGAAACGAAAGUUAACUUUUAAACCUUAACUUUUAGUUUAUCUGUUUAGAAGAAACACUUACCUUUAGCAGUGCCAUCAUCCUAUCCCUGAUAGAUAGAGUUUGAACAGUAAGUCCCUGUGUCCAGUGUUUCAAGAUUUCCAUAAAAUAUGACCAGAAGGAUUACAGGUGUUCUGUAGUUCUGUCUUGUUUGGAAUAAAGAUUGAUGUUAUUAAUCUUU